AUGGACAGAUCCAUAGCUGUGUACACCCUCACCCUGACUAGGGUUAGCGCAGUUGCUGCCUACUGGGAGCCCCACCCUGGUAUGUGCCUCUCCACACCUCUUCCCCUGCAGCACCUAGAACCCGACCUAUCGGCUUUAGUCCCCGCCUCCUUUGCUUCACCUUCUCGCCGCCCGUCCCACCCUGCCCAGCCCCAGUUCUCCACCAGCAGUGGGACUGCGCUGCCCGGAUCCGGAGGGCGCCCUGAAGCCAUGGAGGUCCUGGUUCUAUAUGGAUACCGCGCACAGAAAGACGACGAGUUGAACCUGGCGCCCGGUGAUGUGGUCCGGCAGGUGCGCCGGGGGCCCUCGCGGGGCUGGCUGCGAGGAGAGCUGGGUGGCCGCUGCGGCCUCUUCCCCGAGCGCCUGGUGCAGGAGAUUCCUGAGAACCUGCGGGGCGCCGUGGAGGCGCCAAGACCGCGCUGCGUGCGCAGCCGAGGUCACCCCGCCAAAUCUCGGGGCGCCCAAAGAUGGUGCAAAGUGAACUUCAACUACAGCCCAGAGCAGGCGGACGAGCUGCAACUGCAAGCUGGGGAGAUGGUGGAAGUGUUAAAGGAGAUUGAGGACGGCUGGUGGCUGGGGCAGAAGAACGGGCAAUUGGGAGCCUUCCCAUCCAACUUUGUGGAGUUGCUGGACAGUGGGCCCCCAAGCCUUGAUAACCCAGACGUGCCUUCCAUCAGCUCUUCUCCCCAGCGGCCUCCCAAGCUGAGCAGUCUGACCUAUGACAGCCCUCCAGAGUACCUUCGGACAGUCUCCUACCCUGAGACCUACAGGGUCCUGUUUGACUACCAACCCGAGGCCCCAGACGAGUUGGAGCUGCGGAGGGGGGACGUGGUGAAAGUACUGAGGAAGACCACAGCGGAUGCGGGCUGGUGGGAAGGAGAGUCUCAAGGCAGGAGAGGAGUUUUUCCAGACAAUUUUGUUCUUCCACCACCCCCAAUCAAGAGGCUGGUCCCGCGGAAAGUGGUAUCUCGGGAAUCAGUUCCUGUUAAAGAACCAAAAAAGAUGUCCAAAACAGUUCCUCCUACUGUCAAGAAGCUGGUGACAGUCCCCACUGGGCCCAGCAAAGCCAAGCUAUCUUGGACAUCCAGUGGGGAAAAUCAGAAACGCCCCUCUCGUGACUCAGGCUCCAGUGGCAAAGUCCUUGGUGGGGCUCCUGGUCACCCUGGCAGAAAGCGAUCCAAAUCCCAGGUUCCCCAGCAACACCCUGCACCCAGUCAGGACGACAAGCAGAACAGCCUGGCCAAGGCCCCUUCUGUGAAUAAAACCCCCACUCUGGACAAGAACCCCAAAUCAGAGAAGGUCCUACACCCAGAUAAGGCUGCUACCCCAGAGAAGACUCGGAUUUCUGACAAAGUCCCCUCCACAGAGACAACCCCAACUCUGGACAAGGCCUCCACUCCAGAAGAGACCUUGACUCCAGAUAAGGCCCCUGGCCCAGAGAAGACCCCAACUUUGAGCAAAGCCCCCACUCCAGAAAAGAUCCUGACUCCAGAUAGGGCUGCCAGCCCAGAGAAGAUUCCAACCCUGGACGAGGCCCCCACCCCAGAGAACAUUUUGACUCUGGAUGAGGUUCCCACCUCAGAAAAGAUCCUGACUUCUGACCAAGUUCCUAGCCCAGAGAGGGUCUUUUCUAUGAAUGAGGCCCUUGGCCCAGAUGUCCCACCUGAGGAUGAAGCCCCUGGCCUCAAAAUGACCCCUCCUGGGGAUGAGGCCCCCACUCUAGACACAAUCUUGGUGCAGGAGCAGGUGACGUGUGAAGAAGCGCCCUGUACCAUACAUGACUCUCAGUCCCAUCGGUUGUCCUCAGAGGAAGCCCUGCAGAAAAUCAAAUCUCUUGUGUCCAAAGAGACUCAAUCCCAAGAGGAGGUGCCAGCAGAGUCCCAGUUACAGCCUAACUGCCCAGCGUGUAAUUGCUCUAUAAUGAAACCCUACAGCAAUAAAAGAGACAGCUCUCUGCUCCUGCCUGAGCGAGUGUCCAAACCCACCCCUGAUGAGGUCCAUUCCCAGACAGAAGCCACAACCCUCCUACAGGAGGUGCCACUACCUGCAGAGGACGAGACUACCCAGAAGGAGGAGGCACCCUUCAAAGAUGAAAUGCACCCCCAGAAGGAAGUCACUCCCAAAGAGAGAGGGCCCUCCAACUUAACUCCUGCCCCAAAUAAGCCAUAUCUUACCAAGCCCACCCCAGACCCCCAAGAUACUCCCUCCCCCCUACAAUAUCGUUCAGAAUGCAAGGAUGACAGAGAAGAAGACAUCGUGAGGCUGAAGGUCGAGGUGGAGUCUCUAAGGAGGGCGCUGGAACUGAUGGGGGAGCAGUUGGAAAGGAAGCUGAUGGACAUCAGGGAGGAGUUGCAGAACGAGAGGGAGCAGCGCCAGUUGCUGGAGGUUCAGAUGAUGCAGAGGACCCAGGAGUCCCAGUCUCAGGACUCCAUCCGCUCGCAAACGCCUGCGCGCCGCUAUUUUUAUCCACCGGAUGAUGGCGGGGAGGGCUACUUCAGACGCCAGCUCUGUGCUGCAGUAAUGGCGGGCCGGUGGGGCCCAGGAGGGGUCGGGCUCUGCCCACGGGAGCGGGAGCCUGGAUCCCGGAAUCCAGCUGUGUGCCAGGGGGAGGAGUCAGCUGCCCGGAAGACUUUCUCUUAA